GCUGUGGCUCACGGGGCGGCAACUUUUGCGCGUCCUCCCUGAUUCUAGGAUUCACGCGGAUUUUCGCAGCUUCUCGUCGGGCGAGAGACCGCUGGGCUCUGCCCUCAGACCGUCAACCCCUUCCGUAGCUGAGCAGAGCGACGGUGAGCGCCCAGCCGGGUCCCACCAUGGCCGCGAACUAUUCCAGUACGACUAACAGGAGAGAACAUGUCAAAACGACGACCAACCCCCAGCCAGGCUUCUUGGAGCGGCUCAGCGAGACCUCGGGUGGGAUGUUUGUGGGGCUCAUGACCUUCCUGCUCUCCUUCUACUUAAUUUUCGCUAAUGAGGGCCACGCACUGAAGACAGCAACCUCCCUGGCCGAGGGGCUCUCGCUUGUAGUGUCCCCCGACAGCAUCCACAGCGUGGCCCCGGAGAACGAGGGGCGGCUGGUGCACAUCAUUGGGGCCCUGCGGACAUCCAAGCUCUUGUCUGAUCCAAACUAUGGGGUCCACCUCCCGGCCGUGAAGCUGCGGCGGCACGUGGAGAUGUACCAGUGGGUGGAAACCGAGGAGUCCAGGGAGUACACUGAAGAUGGGCAGGUGAAGACAGAGACAAGGUACUCCUACAACACCGAAUGGAGGUCGGAAAUUGUCAACAGCAGAAACUUUGACCGAGAGAUUGGCCACAAGAACCCCAGCGCGAUGGCAGUGGAGUCGUUCACAGCAACGGCCCCCUUCGUCCAGAUUGGCAGAUUCUUCCUCUCGGCAGGCCUCAUUGACAAAGUUGACAACUUCAAACCGCUGAGCCUGUCCAAGCUGGAGGACCCGCAUGUGGACAUCAUUCGCCGGGGAGACUACUUCUACCAUAGCGAAAACCCCAAGUAUCCAGAGGUCGGAGACCUGCGCGUGUCCUUUUCCUAUGCGGGGCUGAGUGGCGAUGACCCUGACCUGGGUCCAGCUCACGUGGUCACUGUGAUCGCCCGGCAGCGGGGUGACCAGCUACUCCCCUACUCCACCAAGUCUGGGGACACCUUGCUUCUCCUACACCACGGGGACUUCUCGGCAGAGGAGGUGUUCCGUAGAGAACAGAAGAGCAACUCCAUGAAGACAUGGGGCCUGCGGGCCGCUGGCUGGAUGGCCAUGUUCAUGGGCCUCAACCUCAUGACCCGGAUCCUCUACACCCUGGUGGACUGGUUCCCUGUCUUCCGAGACCUGGUCGACAUCGGCCUGAAAGCCUUUGCCUUCUGCGUGGCCACCUCGCUGACCCUGCUGACCGUGGCGGCUGGCUGGCUCUUCUACCGGCCCCUAUGGGCUCUCUUCAUCGGCUCCCUGGCCCUGGUGCCCAUCAUCAUUGCUCGGACGCGGGUGCCAUCCAAAAAGCUGGAGUGAAUCAGGCGCCGGCACCCGCCCCAUACCUGCAUGA